UAAGCCACCGGAAGUAACAAAGGGCGAAACAAAAAUAUGGCGAUGGUCGCUUACUUGACAUUGGGAUAUCCCUCGCGAUGUUCAGGGUGUCCAGGAUAACAUUACUUACGUGUUUCAAGAAGUUGUUGGUGUUCUAUUUCUUCGUGUCUUAUAGAUGAAUGGCCAGUUCGAAUACAGGCUGUACCUGUAUAGUUAACAGCAUGAACAACGCUUGAGUCGGGUGAAGUCAGAAGAUUAAGAUUUAUCUCAUACACUUGUUUUACUUUGACUUCGACAUAAAAUUGAAUAGACUUGGGAUCAAUUUCUUUGGAUCUUUUGUUGAAAAACAGCAAGGUAUAAUUUAUAAGACAUGGCAGCAGAGGCACUGGAGCAGUAUUUUGUGGAUGAGGGUGAUGGGGAGAGACGAAUUCUAAUGGUGCCAGAAGGAGCAUAUAAGGGAUGGCUGCCAAGAGUUCUGUACUCAUACUCACUGGAGAUUCUACACUUGCCAUUUUUGCGACUGCUGAGUUUCCCAGUUGGGGGAACAUCUCUCGGGAAACUAAUCUCUCUCCGCACAUUCCAUGCAGUGGGAAACCACUUACAACGUUUGCCAACCAGCUUUGGGGAAUGCUCUUGUAUUGUCGAUCUUGAUCUUUCAUUUAACUCUUUCACUGAAAUCCCCCAACCUAUCUUUGGCCUAACCAGGUUAGAAAAGCUGGACAUGAGUCACAAUGAUAUUACAGAGGUGUCAGAGAAAAUUGGUCAACUGGCCAAUUUGCAGGAGUUGAACCUGGCAGGCAAUAUUCUAAAUAAUUUUCCUGUUGAGAUUGCUAAGUGUCGUCGAAUCCAAAAGUUGGAUCUCUCUGGAAAAUUUCACCCAAGAGGUGAGAUAAAGAUCUUUCCAGAAGGCAUCACAUACCUUAAUGAUUUAGAAGACCUUAAUCUCAGCUGGCAGCAGAUAGAAAACAUCCCCAGUGAAUUUGGGAAUCUUCGGCGGCUAAACAGGCUCAAUCUGAAAGGAAAUCACCUAGUUCAUAUAUCACCUGAAAUAUCAAAGUGCAUAAGACUGAAGAAUGUAAACUUGGCUGGAGCAUUGCGACUGUGCUCGGUGAUUCCCUCAGCCUUAUUCUGUCUAGAAGAUUUGGAAUACCUAAAUCUUAGUGACAACUUCUUCACAGAAAUUCCAGAUGAAGUGUGUGGACUUCGUCACCUGACAUACCUCAUCAUUCAGCGCAAUGCUAUACUGCGACUGCCAGAAAGAUUGUUCCAGCUUAAUCGCCUACACUUGCUUGAACUGAGUGAAAACUACCUGGAGGAGAUUCCAGCUGCAAUUGGAAACAUGAGGCGCCUGACCUGCCUAGGUCUGGACAAAAAUAGAUUGACAACAUUGCCUCCAGAAAUAUGUCAGGUGACUUCUCUGGAGAGACUACUGCUAGGUCACAACCGAUUGAACAGCUUACCAGAAGACAUUUAUAAACUUACAAAUCUUAAAGAACUGGGGCUUGAGAAUAACCAGCUGACUGAGCUGCCUCUUUUACUGGAUCGUCUUAGUGGUCUUGCAGAAAAGGGGGGGUGCCUUUCAUUAUAUGGCAAUAGUCUUCGCAUACCUCCACAGCAAAUCUGUGACCUAGGACCCAUUCCUUUGUAUCUCUUCUUAAAAGAGCUGAGAGUUUGUGAGGCACGGCAUCGUAGAAAGAUGAUUCUAAUUGGAGCAGUCAAGGCAGGUAAAACCAGUCUGCGGCAUGCACUUACACUUGGCUACUCUCGCCUAACAGAAGAGCACGAGCGAACUUGGGUACUAGAGCGUCAUCUUUGGGAGCCAGAGUCCCGACUAAGGGUGCAGAUUUUAGAUUUUGGUGGACACCACAUUUAUCAGGCUGCCCAUCACAUGUUCCUUACACCUGAUGCCCUUCAUGUGCUGGUGUUUGACCUCAGCCGAUAUCGAACAGAAACGUUUGAGGAUUUGAUUGGCAACUGGCUGGACACCAUCAUGGAGCGUGCCCCAGGUGCCACAAUCAUUCUUGUUGGAACUCAUUCAGAUCUUUGCAGUAAAGAUGAGCUUGAAGAACGCUGUGCUGAUGUUAUACGUUGCAUCAGAAGGGAGGAGGAUGCCAAGCUGGAAGAACUGAAGGAUGAGAUUAAGCGUGCUCAGAAACUGCUAGAAGUUCCUGAGGCCAGGACACGAGCCACUGGUACAUUUGGUGACAUUGGUGUGGAACGUCUACAUGAGAAGUUCACUUACCUUGAGAAGAAGUUAAACACAAGAUCAAAAGUCCCCUCUGAAGUAUUUGUUGUCAGCUGUGCUGAAGGACUGACUGGAGUUGAUGAACUGCGAAACCAUCUUGUGACCACCAUGAAGCAGUGCGAGGAGCGUCUGCUGCCGGAGUCUUGGUACAGAUUUUUGUCUGAGAUACAGAGUGUGGAAGAUCAUGUCUUGGAGGUGGAGAAGGCUCAGGGCAUUUUCAAUGAGGUGAUGGCUGCUGUCAGGCAGUCUAUGAUUAGCAUGGGGGGAUCAGCUGAGCUCAGUCUCCACAUGGUGCUGAAAUACCUGCACACCACAGGUGAGAUUGUGUGGUACUAUGAAAACCCUCGCUUGAAAGGAAUCAUCUUCCACCGCCCAGAGACGCUCAUUGAGAUGCUUAGGGUUGUUUUUCGCCAUGACUUUGAAAGUGCUUUGACUUUUGACCCUAGCUUAGGCAGGGAAGCUGGAUUGAUACAAGAGAGGUUCCAGAUGUUGAAGGAAGACUUUGUGCGGCGUGGUCUUAUGACAUACGAACUUCUUUACUACUCUCUGCUGCAUUUUCAUUUGUCUCCUGAUGCAUUGAAGACUUUCAUUUACCUCAUGCUCAUGUUUGAUUUGUGCUACGAAGUGGAGAGGGGAAAUGACCCAUCCUUGGUGAAUGCUUCUCGAAUUCUGGAGUUUCCCUGGUUCUUUCCAGUAGAACCUCCAAGGGAUCUUGCCGAAAGAUGGCCCAAGAAAAUCCCCAACAACACUUUUGAGUUACGUUUUGAGGUGGAAUUUCCUCGCAAGGGACCACCUUACUUCUUUGAAAAGCUGUCAGUGAAGCUGCAGCCACUUGUGACAGACCGCAUCAACUGGAAAAACGGAGUGCUGGCACGAAAGAAUCGUUCCUUGCUGCUGGUUACCCAAGAGUACCUGGAAGCCAGAGAGAAGACGCUGGUAACUGUGGCUGCCAGGUGCACAUCUGAGCUGCAAGAGCUUUGGUGGCUGCUGAAGCAGACACGAAACAUCAUCAUGCACCUACUUCUAGAUUGGCCCUUUGCGCAGUACAAAAUGGACCUCAUCUGCACCCACUGUCUUUUGCGUGGUUAUGAUGACACAUUUCGUUUCCCUGCGGAAGUGAUGGAGUUGUCCCCACCCCGGCAGCACUAUGUGGCUCCUUGGUGUCGCAAGCGUAAGGAAGACAACAUCCCAGUCUGCUUUGUUUAUCCUCUGGAUAUGGAUUAUCAGGAGGAUCUAGAUAAACAUAUGAGAGAAGCAGUAGACUUCCUACACUCCUGUCUAGACACAGUGGAUGGUCUGCAGUCAGGCAUACUGUCGGACCCUUUUCUCAUCUUUAUUGCCACUAGCCUGGGAUUUAAUUGGCAGCUGGUGAUGCUGCAGCUGGGCCUCAAGCAGGAGAGGGUUGAGCAGAUCCAGAUGGACCACCCCAGAUCCUACAAUCAGAUCUUAAAUGCUCUACAGGACUGGCGGGAAGCCCCAGCCAACAUCAAUAGCAGCGACAUGACUGCUGGUGGGGAUGGAGAAAGCAAUGAGCACCGCAAACUCAGGCAGCUACUGUCUGUUUUAAACAGCAUGGAUCGUCAGGAUUUGGUAGACUCAAUCUGUGAACGAUUUCAUGUAUCAGUUGAUGACAUGAGGUAGAAUGACUCUAGCUGUGCUAUGACUCUCCCUCUCCUUGGGUUUUCAUUAGGUCUUCUAGAAUCAUUUUAGCAACUUUGUACAAACACUACUGUCAGGGUUUAAAAUGUGUUCAUGUUUCCAAUGAGGCAUGCAAUUUUUAAAUGUUUGAAAAAAAAACCUGCAUGUGUAUGUGCAUUUUGUUUGUUACACACAAAUGUAGUUUUGAAUCUACCUGAACUUGAUGCAGUUUUAAGUAUAAAUUUCUCAUGCUGGUGUUCAAAUGGAUGGUUAUUUGCUGUGGUGAUUACUAGGUAGCAUUUUUCAGAUGAAUGCAUUUCAUUAUAGCAUGUUUCAUGGUUACAAACAAAAACAAGAUUUCAAGCACAUGAAUUCUACCAAAGCCCAAACUUUUAAUUACUCAGCAAUCAAGGUGUUUGUCAGAAAGGGUUUUAUUGUACUUAAAGUAGAGUUCUGUUUUCACUGGCGCUUUGUGGACAGCAUAUCAGGCUGAGCAGUGAUGAUAACUUGAGAGAGAAAAAAAAGUGGUAAUGCAGGAUAAAUGUAAUCACUAAAAUUGGAUUGCUGUUUUAAAUCAACAGAUAUGGUUCGUUGCCUAUUUAGCUCUUGAUGCUUACGCCCAGUAAUGAACCAAUGACUAUAAUACCGAGUUGAUUUGUGUAAAUGAUGUUUAUUGAUAGGUUUGAAUUUUGUACAUGUAAAAAUGGUGGACUAGAUCACUCGACUUCUUUUUUUAUGAGUGUUUACACAUACAUGUGUGAGGACUGCAAAGCGAUGUAGAUAUAUUAAACUAUGUGUCCAGGCUGUUGUGUGGAUAAGUAUACAUGAAUGUGUAUGCAUGCAUAUCCUGGGAAGUUUUUUUUAAUGUUUGUGUAUUUAGAUUUUAUGGUGAAUUUUCGCUAUCGUUAUGAUUUUUCAUGAUUACUAGUGUUGAUUAAAAACUUUUGUAAAAAAAAUAGCUCAGAGGCAGUGUGUGUGUGUGUGCACAUAUACGCAUGUGUGUAUAGCAUGAUUGCUUCUUGCUGUUAAGAGAUAGGUGAUGAAUGAAAUGGUUUUAAGUUCAUUAGAUUUAUUAAAAUCAAAGCACAACUGCACCUUUCACUUGUUUAGAUGGAAUAGUUCCCAGUAAUUUUCUUUCAGUUCUAAACCUUCAGAAAAUGUGUAUGCUGGCUUUGGAUCAUUGUUAAAUUUACUUUUUAGUUAAGAAGAGGAACAUGAAAACAAUUUUGAGAUGUCCUCUAAGUAAAAAGUUAAAGUGUUUCAUUAUUUAUUUAAAUUUUCUUUAGUCGUUAAGACUAAAAAUUGUGAAUGUGUUAGAAAUGAAUGAAACAACUGGUGAUAUUUGGUCUUGGAGUUGUGUUAUUUAACUCCAAAUCUAUAUUCUCUUUCUGGCAGUUUGCAAAAGCAAAAUGCAUUGGGGUUAAAGCUAUGCAUUCUGAGGUGGCAUCAUGUUGCCAUUCAUUCUCCAAUAGUGUUUGACAUUUAAGUGCAAUAGAACAUAGCUGGGGGUUGAGGGAUAAGCCUGCAGUUUUACCAUAAAACCAUCAGGGAUCCAACUUAAAAUAGCUUUUUUCUUGUCAUCCAGCAAGAGUAAAAAUAGUUUGACUGCAGAGAAAAUGGUAAACAGGGAGGUAAUUUAGAAUGACAAAAACGACUCUUAGAAAAUUGUACCUAGUAUUAAUCUGAGGAACAGUGAUGGCAAAAUGUCACCGUUGGAGGAAAAUUUAAUAAAAAUGCUGAAAUUUUAUUGUACUCUAUAUAAAUAAAAAUUUUCUAUUGAGAUGUUAUCAUAUUCUGAACAAAAUUUUGUCUUAAAAAUGAAAGGCAGAUUACUCAAAGUCAAAAGAAAGUGGUGGUACUCCUUUCCUCAUAAGACAACAUCUAGUGUAAAAUUAAGUGCAUGUGAAAAUCUUGAAUAAUUCAUUAAUACCUAAUUAAAAAAAACUUAAGACAAUGAAACAUGAUGUCCACCUAUAGGUGCAUGUCUCUUGUAAACAGUAUGCAAUUUGUGCUAUUUCCAGCUGGCAGUGUUAUUGAAAUUGGUCUUUCAGAGCACCUUCAGUGUGGAAGUAAAUGCCAUAUUUUCUUCCCAUGUUUGGAAAGAUCUUUUAUAGUGACUUUUUAUCGAUUGCUGGUGACAUGCAAGCACUUAAUAACUAGGAAGUUGUAUUUAGGUAGGAUGUGGUAUUUUCAAUUGAUUGGGUCUUCAUACAUAUUUUUUUUAAUGUUUUUGUAUUUCUGGAACACAAUGACUGUGGUUUUUAAAGUAACAAAUGUUUGUUUCUUAAAGUGUCAGUAUUUUACAACCUUGUCACUGUUGUAAAGAAACAUUGACUGAAAUUCCCCCCUCUCCCCAACACACACCUCUUCCUAAACUGUAAAAGAGGUUGGUGUGAUAGAAAACUUAGAAAUGUUGAUUUGUAUGGCAUGAUAAGCCAAUCCCUCUGCUUGAAAAUAAACUGUUUGAUUGAA